AUGGUUGGGACCAUCAAACACCUCUACAACAGUCGAUGGAUGGUUGCAUUGGCAAGUUUCUUCCUCAUGAUCUCUUCUGGAGGAUCACUCAACAAUUUCAGCCUCUUCUCGCAGCAUCUCAAGCUGUCCCUCGACUACAACCAAAAGAAUAUCAACACCAUAAGCUUCUUUAAGGACGUUGGCACCAGCGUCGGGAUUCUCUCCGGCCUCCUCUAUGAUCUCACCGGGCCCUGGGUCGUGCUCCUCCUUGGAUUCGCGCUAAACUUUGCUGGAUACUUCACGAUAUGGCUGGCUACAACGCAGAGAAUCGCCCAUCCCCAUGUCUGGGAACUCUGUUUCUAUCUCUUUAUGAUCGGCGCAUCGGCAGCCUUCACCACUACCGCUGUUCUUGUGGCCUGUGCCAAGAAUUUCCCCAAAAACCAGGGCAUGGUUCUUAGUCUUCUCGACAGUACGCAGGGAUUGAGCGUUGCGAUGUUCACGCUGCUUUACCAGGCCUUCUUCUCUCGCAGUGACGAUUCAUUCGUUCUCUUGCUGGCCUGGUUUCCAUCACUCUUGUGCCUUCUAUUCGCGUUUGUCAUUCGAUCCGUCCCACUCGACGGCCGCUACAAUGACUCGAGAACGCUCUUCGUCUUCUUGUCAGUAACUUUGAUCCUGGCUGGAUAUCUCAUGGCUAUUAUCAUCCUCCAGCAUUUCGUGCGCCUAGAAUCUCGGAUCAUCAAGGCCUUCUUUUCCAUUAUGCUGAUCAUUCUCUCCAUCCCAGCUCUUGUGGUUCUGAGACAGGAAUCCAAAACCCUCCGGCAUCGCCAUCGCGAAGAAGUUGAUGUUGAUCUAAUGGAGAACGCAGCGAUAGAAACUCCUCAAAUAGAUUAUCAAGACGUAGAUCCUCCGGAUCAUGGAGCAGACGCCGCUGCUCCAGCUAUCGCCUCGCACAUUUCGAUCUUCUUCUUUAAAGGAUCGCCCGUCAAGCGAGGAGACGAUUUCACAAUCCUCCAGGCGCUCUGUAGCAUCGACAUGUUUCUCAUCUUCGUGGCUUCAACCUGUGGCAUUGGCGCUGUGCUAACCGUGACCAACAAUUUCGGCCAGAUUGGAACGUCCCUUGGCUACUCCCAGGCCGGAACAAACACUUUCAUCGCCCUCCUUAGCAUCUGGGACUUCAUCGGUGGCGUUGGCGUUGGCUUCAUCUCAGACAUAUGCCUCGCCAGCUAUGGCGUCGCAAGGCCCUUCUUCCUGUGCAUGGUUCUCUUGCUUCUCUCGCUUGGGAGCUUGAUAAUCGCUCUUGGGCUUCCCGGAGCGCUCUUCUACGGCUCGGUUUUGAUUGGGCUGUCAAUCGGUGGCCAGUGGUCUGUUCUUUACACCAUGAUAGCGGAGAUCUUCGGGCUCAGGUUCUAUGGGACGCUCCAAAACGUAACUUACGUCGCUAAGGCGCUGGGAACUUAUGUUUUGUCCGUCCAGGUGGCAGGAGUUUUAUACGACCGCGAGAGUAAGCUUGGACCAAGCGAUGGAAGUUUGGAUGGUGAUGAACUCCUUUGCCAUGGACCACAUUGCUACAGAACAACCUUCUUCGUCAUGGCUGGAGUGUGCUUGUUUGCAUCCGUUGUGAGCUUGAUAUUGUCCAUUAGAACAACAAAGUUUUAUAGCAUCACUCUUCAAAAGAGACUAACUGGUUCCAGAGGUUAUUUCUCGCGAGAUCCAAAGUGCCAAGGUUCCCAGCUUGUUGGUCGAAAUAAGAAAGAACUGAAGCUGCUCAAGCUUGGAAAUUUCCGGCGGAAACUGGCCACUGAAAUUUUUCACGCCCAUGUCAAUGUGGCUCAUGUUGACGCACAAGGACAAAGAAACAGGAACUUCCCAUGCAGCAUGUUGAAUGCCACGUCAAAGUUUGUCAACGCGCUCAAAUUUCAUUCCUGGGAUGAGGAGAUGAGCUUCAAAAACCUGCAAGGCGUAAAACCCACAAGACCCUCGUGCGCAAAGAGAAAAGUUGGAACUUCUCCUUCGAUGUCAUUCCUCUUCCAGGAAUUUGAGAGAUUCACAAAGUCCCUUGGUAUGGAACUGUCCCAAGAAGCUCUUCACGUAAAUUCAGUGCGUUCUGAAGCAACUGGAGUCUGA